CCGGGUUUCUAGCUCUUCAGAAAAGGUAACUCUCGGUCAUUUCUGGUAGAGACACGAUUGACCCGGUUUUCUUCGCCUCUGAAGGUUCAACAUUGUGAGGAGAGUGGACUAAACAUUUUCAUGCUGUAAUUGUUGGAUUCUAAAAAGCGUUUACUCUAGAGGGCAUUUCUCUUUCUGAGCCUUCCAGUCCAACACAUCUAAAUCAUUUCUGGGACCAGCACACUAUUAUUCAAAACUAUCCUGACCACGGCUGCUCCAUAGUUCCCUUCCACACGCUCCAUCCCAGAGAACAGUAUGGGUCUCCAGGCAGACUCCAAACUCCAAACUGUCCUCCUUUUUCCAAUCCACUUUCUGGUAUGGCUGUACUCCGUCCUGUCCUUUCUUCCCUGGUACUACAUCACCGGUGCUGGAGAAAAAAAAGCUCUGUCGAAGAGGAUAAAAGCCCGCUCCACUUCAGGCUGUGCCGAGGGGCCGUACCGCUCCGUGGAUCACUUCGAUGCCUUGGCCAGGGAGGACUUUCCGGGCAAGGACACACUGGAUAAGCUGAUGUAUCACGCUGUGCAGCACUUUGGAACAGAGCACUGUCUCGGCACCAGAGAAGUUCUGAGUGAAGAGAAUGAGGUUCAACCCAGCGGAAAAGUUUUUAAGAAGCUGAUCCUGGGGGAGUACAAAUGGCUCUCCUACAAUGAAGUGGACUCUAUAGUCAGUGACUUUGGGAGCGGACUGGCAGCUGGGCAGCAGCCCAAAAGCAGCAUUGCAAUAUUUUGUGAGACGAGAGCCGAGUGGAUGAUCACUGCCCAGGCGUGCUUCAGGCGCAAUUUCCCCUUGGUGACCUUCUAUGCCACACUGGGAGAGGAGGCAAUCGCAUUUGGUCUGAACGAGACCGGAGUUACACAUCUAGUUACCAGUGCGGAACUGCUCCAGACCAAACUGAAAAAUGUGCUCCCUCUGAUCCCAAAGCUGAAGCACGUGAUCUACGUGGGCCAGAAGAAAGUGAGCACAAAAGGCUUCCCGGCAGGACUCUCCAUCCACAGCAUGCAGGCCGUCCAAGAGCUGGGCGUGCUGCCUGAGAACAUUGGGAGGGAGAUUGUGAAGCCUCAGCCGUCUGAUCUGGCCGUGGUGAUGUACACCAGCGGCUCCACAGGCAGACCCAAAGGAGUCAUGAUUGUCCACAGUAACCUCAUCGCAGGAAUGACGGGCCAGUGUGAGCGCAUCCCUGGACUCGGGCCUAAAGACACGUACAUCGCCUACCUGCCCCUCGCUCAUGUCCUGGAAAUGACCGCUGAAAUCUCCUGUGUCACAUACGGCUGUCGGAUCGGCUACUCAUCCCCCCAGACACUGUCCGACCAGUCCACGAAGAUAAAGAAAGGAAGUAAAGGAGACAGCUCGGUGCUCAAACCCACCCUGAUGGCAGCUGUGCCGGAAAUCAUGGAUCGCAUCAACAAGAAUGUGAUGAGCAAAGUGCAGGAAAUGAGUUUCAUCCAGAAGACGCUGUUUACUCUGGGCUACAGAUAUAAACUGGAGCAGAUCAAGAGGGGCUAUGACGCACCACUCUGCAAUGCCCUGCUGUUCCGGAAAGUGAAGAAACUUCUGGGAGGACGGGUGAGGAUGAUGCUGUCCGGAGGCGCCCCCCUCUCCUCGGCCACGCAGAGAUUCAUGAACAUUUGUUUCUGUUGUCCUGUGGGUCAGGGCUACGGCCUCACUGAGACCUGUGGAGCAGGCACCAUCACAGAGGUUGCGGACAUCAGCACUGGGCGUGUUGGAGCUCCUGUUAUCUGCUGUGAAGUCAGACUCAGGGACUGGGCUGAAGGUGGCUACACCAGGAAAGACAAGCCGAACCCUAGAGGGGAGAUCCUUAUCGGCGGCCCCAAUGUAACCAUGGGUUACUACAGGAACGAAAGCAACGAUCAGGACUUUUUCGCGGAUGAAAAGGGUCAGAGAUGGUUCUGCACCGGUGAUGUUGGAGAGGUUUACCCAGACGGCUGUCUACAGAUAGUGGAUCGCAAGAAGGACUUGGUGAAACUGCAGGCGGGCGAGUACGUGUCUCUGGGUAAGGUCGAGUCCGCUCUGAAGAACUGCUCCAUCAUAGAAAACAUCUGUGCUUAUGCCAACAGUGAGCAAAACUACGUGAUCAGCUUUGUGGUUCCCGACCAGAAGAGGAUGACAGAACUGGCCAGAAAGAAAGGCAUUGUGGGAGAAUGGGAGGAGAUCUGCACUCACCCCGACAUGGAGAGAGAAGUUCUGAAGGAGAUCAAGGAGGUUGCUGCUAACAUAAAACUCCAGCGAUUUGAGAUUCCAGUGAAGGUUCACCUGAGUCCAGAGCCAUGGACACCUGAGACAGGUCUGGUCACAGAUGCUUUCAAGUUGAAGAGAAAAGAGCUGAAGAACCACUAUAUCCACCACAUAGAGAGAAUGUACGGAGGCAAAUAACUGCUCAACGUCACCUAAGAGUCUCCAUUGUAUCUGUAACAAUGUAAAAAAUCUUCCCGGUACCCAAUUUGAUUUUUAAUGCUAUUUGUGUACCACUGGCGUUGACUUGAAUAUGUCUUGAAAAGAAAAGCUGUAGAUAGUGGUCGAUCCAUGUGUGCUGCUUUCUAUUCUCGUAUAUAUGAGUUCUGAUUGUCAAAAGAAAUGCACUCAACUUGCAACUUGUAUGCCAUGAAGAGUCUGAAAUCGUUACAGCGCUUAACUGCCAUUCACUUAAAUCUGCUGGCACCGGUUGUAGCUGAUUUAAAGAAAACGUACCACUGUCCUCUAUAUGUUGCUGAUGCUUUGUUGUUACUUUCACUUGAAAAUCUGAACAACUGUUAUCAUCACGGAGGCUUUUUUUUGUCCUGUAAAGUUGAGUACUGAUGUUACUGUGCCUUCAGUCUGCAGUACUUGUGUAGUCACGCAGAAGUUUGAGCUAAAUUAUUUAAACAAAUAGGUUUGUGCUUUGUAACAAAAAUGGGUUAACUGCCAUUUUAUGUUUACUUGAGGGGAACUAUACCCACCGCGAGAUCCACCGACAUUGAUCAUACAGACUAAAACAUACAUGUGAUGUCUGCUUAGCCACUGUUAUUUUUCCUGACCAAUGUUUUAUUUAUUUUAUUUGUCAACUUAUUCAAUAAGUAAGACCAUGUGUGUGAACAUAAGUGACUCAGGAAGCUCAACAAAUGCUUUAAUAUAUGAAUUGUCAAAUAAUGGCUUACUGUAUACAGUCAUUUUGUUGAAGUUCUUGUGGGCACCUUAUUUAUUUAAGAGCAGGCAUGCUUGUCUCCUAACCAACAAUAAUACUGUGUGUAUUUUACCUCAGUUAACGUACAAUUUGGUAUCAUAAGGUUAUCCGAAGUGGAGUCUAUUCAUUUAAUAUAGGAAUGUUUUUAAUGUGUUUUUCCAAGUGUUGUCGUGUCAGUGUAUUUGCAUCAUUCAAAUCUUUUAAGGGUGCAGACAUUGGCCGUCGCUACAUAGUUUGGUGAUACUGUCUGUAUUUAUUAUGAUCACAUGCCUGGUUCAACAUUUCAAGAAUAAACCCUUUUUUUUUUCGCAUA